CUGGAUACGGUAACUAACGCUGCGUAAAGCGGAAGUAGCAUAACUUCGGUCAAACUAAGUUUUGUUUGCAGAAAUGACAAAAUACCCAAAGGACAUAAAAAAUGUGAGUGCUCUGCCUUCAGGUCGCUGGGUGUGGAAUAAUGAAUCCCAGACUGUGGAGUUUGUCAGAUCUUGUCCAACAGAGGAAGGUGUUUUGGGGAAAAAAAAUCAAACCUAUGUCGAUAUUAACGAGCUUCAGCAGCGAGCGCAGUGGUUGGCUGAGGUCUGCACUCUGAACCACAGGGGGCGCCAAAGCACCAUAAAGAAUCUGAGGCCGGCUCACCUGAAUGAAUACAGGUCGUCUGUGAUGAGCAGGCAGGGGGACCGAGUCACCAUUGAUGAUGUUAAACAGGUGGCUGUCAGUUUGCUGCAGGAGAAUUAUUUGCUUCCCAUCCCAUACUGCUUUCUGGAUGUACUGAGGUGUAAAGAACUUGAUGAAGUCCUGACUGCGCUUCUACUUUACCUGUCCUUCUUCUUUGAACACAAGUCUCUGGAGAACAAAACUGCAUCUUCAGGGUUUGUGGACAUCAUCACGGAGCACAAGAUGAUGGCAGAGACUUCGGCCAAAAAGGAGAUCGCUCAAAAGAAGCUGGCUGUUUGCUACUUCAGCCUAUUGAUGGAUCUGGGGAGGGAACAGCGGCCAACGUAUCAAAAGCGCCAGGUGUCCUCAGACAGAACUGAAUGGCUACUGCAUGCGUGCUUGUACAGCUUCUUCUGCUACGCGGCGUGGGUGACGUUCGGCAGGAAGGACCUGAGGGACGUCCAGCAGGAGGUGGGCCGGCUUUUAUACUCUGACGCCUUCAACGCGGCGGUGAGGAGCGCGACCGAGGGAGACGCGAGAACAAUGGGGGCUGCUGACCACCGGGAGACGGGAAAUAAAAAUGCUUUCAGGCAGAGAGCGUCCCGGGGGCGCCCGGCCCUCGGCAGCGCCGUUAAUCAGCGCUCCCCUCUGAUGGUGUCUCUGCUGCCCUCGCCCAAAGAACGCUCGCCCCAUCUGUUCCCGGGCGCCCGGGCGGGAAGUCGGAGCCCGCCGGAGGCCCAGCGCCGCGACGCCGAGGCCCUGGCGGAGCGGCUCCACCGGCAGCUGGCCGGCGUCAGUUUUGGGAUUCUGGGCGAGCCGCUGGUUCAGUUCAGCCGCAGCACCCUGAUGCCCCGCGGAGAAGAGAGCAGCAACACAGGCGAGGAUGAGGACGGCGAAGAAGGCGGUGACGUUAAGGGCAAAAGCGCGGAGCCUUCUGGAAUCAAGUACGUUCAAGCUAGCAAGUCGUCCUUCGUCGGAACCAAGUCAAAAGGUCUGGCCAGAUACGCGAGCGCCGCCCACACGAACGCUAAAAGCUCUGCAGCUUCCACUGACCUCACAUCCUAAAUGUACACAUGUGAAACUGGAAGAAAGUCUUGUGUGGUCAGAAACCAAGAGAAAGGAUUCACGUAACUUCUGGGUUUUGGUAAAUGAUGUUCUACUUAUACAGUGGCUUUCAGCCUGGUGGUGCUUCUACAACAAUGAGGGAUCUAUUCAUUUGUUAAAAUUAAAGGCGCCUCUGCAUAUAAACCUGUGUGGUAUUUGCCAGCGGGAGGUGCUGUUGAAUAAAAUAUAAUAAAAUCCUUAACAACU